AUGGCUUUCAACGUUUAUACUGUUUUUUGUCUAUGGAUAUAUUGCAUUAUUAUCGUAGUUGCAAAAGAGAAGCCGAAUGUCUUUAAAAGAGGCGGUACAGAGUUCAUCCAAGAAGCUCUCGAAACAAGAUGUGAUCACGAUUAUGUGGAGUAUUUUCAAAAGGCUCCAAAUUCUACGUCCCUAUAUACUUUUCGAGUGGUUAAGUUGGCAGCCAAGUUUACCAUUGAUAUAUCAGUGAAAGUUAUAAAGACACAGAGAAUAAUGUACAACAUGGAGAAAUUAAAUGGCUGCGACUUUCUUAACAACCCCGCGCUCGCAAAAACCUUUGCGAAAUCUUACAAUAUUUUAGUUGUCAACGGAAGUUACUUUAAAUGCCCCAUUAAGCCAAAGGUUUACUAUCUUAAAACGGAUGGAAUAAUGCAGCUGAUGCCAAACAUUCAUCCACCAGGACGAUUUCAAUUGUCGAUGAGGACAAAAAUGGCUGAAAGUAGAAAGCCGUUUGUAAUGGAAAUGUUACUGAAAUAUCAAAUAAAUAAAUAA